AUGUUAUAUGAAAAUUUAUAUGAGUAAUUACAAGAAUGCCUUCCGGAAUUUUAAAGAUAGUUUGUUAUACAAAACUACUAAAAUUUCUUAGAUGCUUCAAAAGAAAAAGAUCCUGUUUAUUAAUAGUUUGUAUCAUUAAUUGAUAAAUUCUAAUCAGCAUCAAGUUAAAUAGAAGUAAAAAUUUGAUUGAAUGAAAGAUUAUUUCAAAGGAUAUUGAAAACCUAAAAAAUGCUAAGACUAGAUGUAAGUAAUUGCUUGAAGAAUAAGUGACAAAAGAACAAGAUAUUGUUGAAGAUGUCUAGGCUGAAGAUCAAUUGACAGAAAUGCUAGAUAAUUUAUCUAUGUUUACAUUUGAAAAAAAUUAUGAAUAGGCUAUAGAAAGUUAUAAAUUACUAAUUGAAACCCAUUAAUCAAAGAAGUUUAUGAAAUUAAUUAAGAAACCAGAAAUAAAGAGAUAAUUAGAUGAAGCUUUCAAAAGUCUUUGUUAAUCUAUAUUUAAUGAUUAUAUAAGUUAGAAUGCUUAAUUUGAUUCAUCUUAAUUAAUGCAAUAUUUGAUGAUUUUAAAUUAGAUUGAAAUGCUAAUUAAAGGUUAUCUAUAAAUACAAUAAGAUAAAUUUGUUAAUUGGAUUGAAUAAUAAAAUUAAUUUAAUGAGAGAUAAGUUUAAUAAUUUAUAGGGAAUAUAUUAAAGAUAAAUUAGUAAUAUGAAUAAAUAUUUGGAGAGUAUUUAAAGAAAAAUCAAUUAUUAUUUUCAUUUAUUUCUAUAUGGAAUUAAUAGAUUAUCUAAAGUUAUUUUGAUAAAAUUUAAGAAUACUUUUUUUAAGAUAUUGUAUCAUUUGAUGAUAUUUUUACUAAAUCAAAAACAUUAUUAAAUACAUUUUCUUAAUAUUAAUCUAAAGGAAUAUCAAUAGAUUUUGAAAUUCAAAAAGAAUUAGCUAUAUAUAUAGAGAAUAAAGUAAAUGAAUUAUUUGGAGUAUUUGGUUAGAAGAUUAAUUAAUAUAUGCAUUUUAAUGAAAAUAAAUUAGUAAAGAUGGAAUAUUUACCUAAUUUACUUGAAAGUGAUAAAUUAUUAGAAUCAAAGGAGAUUGAUAUAUCUAAUAAACCUUAAGAAAUUAAAUUAAAGGCUUCUGCUACUAUAAAAAGUACAUUUGAUUCACUUAGUCAAGGAUUAUCAAUUAGUUCUUGUUUCUUUUGGAAUAUUGUAUUUAAAUUAGGUGAUUCUGCAUUGAAUUUUUUUAAUCCAGAAUAAUAUUCUUUAUUAUCUACUAUGUUGAAUGAAUCAAUAUCUAAAUUAUUGAUUUUAUUCAUAAAAGAUUAUUUAAGUGCAAUAAAAACAAAUAGGAAGGAAAAUUAUCCUUUAUUUGAAAUAGGAAAUUUAUUUGGAAAUUAUAAUUUAAAUAGUACUUUAAUUAAUUAUUUAUCAACAAGAGCAUCUAGUUUACCUUUUUAAAUUAAUAGUGAAUGGAAAAGAGUUAUUUAAGAUUGGGUAGAUGAAUUAAAAUAAUUAAUAUAAUAAUAUUAUAAAAAUACAUAUUUAUAGAUGUUACCAUUUUGGAUUUGUGAACAUGGAAAGAUUUAUAUAUAAAAAUAACUUAUUGUACAAAAACCAUCACCAUUAUUUUUAAUGAUUGGUUAUUCUAUAAUGGAAAUGAAUAAUCAAUUUAAAUCAAAGAUACCUUAAGCACCUACACUUUAUUAUUUAGGAUUAUUAUGGGAUUAUACAAAAUAUUUAUUAGAAUAUUCAUUAUUUUGGUCAUAUCAUAAUUAAGGGAAAACAAAUGAAGUAUUUUUAUUAGAUGUUAAAUCAAGAAAUGAACUCAAAUUAGAUAUGAAUUAAAUAAACUUAUAAUUUCAAUAGAAUUCUAUAAAAAUAUAAUAGAUAUCAUAAGAUGGAUUGAAAUAAUUGAUAUUAGAUACUUAAUUUGUUUUUGAUCUUUUUAAUCGUUUUAUAGGUUAAUUGCAACAAAAUGAUUAAUUUUUACCAAAAUUGGUGUCAUUUUAUUGUAAAGAAAAGAAAUGUUAAUAACCUUCGAUGAGUAAUUAAUCUUUUGAUUAAUAUUUUACCUAAAAUUUUUAAUAAGAUAUGAUACAAGCAAAAAAUUAUAUAGAAUAACAAAGAAAGAGUAUAGUGACAUGA